CUGACCUCGCAAGUCCCGGCUUCUCUCGAUCAAGCCGUAGCCCCGGCUUCUCUCGAUCCAUAUCGCCGAUCAAGCAGGAGACGCUCGAUCAAUGGCCAGUACUACUAGUCGUCGUCCAAGCGCACUCCGGUUUGCCGUGGUCGCCGCGGCCUCAGUGAUCCUAUCGCUUGUUGCGAGCCCCGUCUCCUGCGACGACGGCGCUCCCGAGCCCAUGGUUGAUCACUCGCGGCAGCGGAACGACACCGCCAGCAGGAGGAACCUCUGGGCGCCGGCCCGCGGCUACGGCUGGUCCUACGGCGGCGCGACGUGGUACGGCAGCCCCUAUGGCGCCGGCAGCGACGGUGGCGCGUGCGGUUACCAAGGCGCCGUCAGCCAGCGCCCGUUCAAGUCGAUGAUCGCCGCCGGCGGGCCUUCCCUCUUCAAGAACGGCCAAGGAUGCGGCGCAUGCUAUCAGAUUAAGUGCACCGGCAACAGAGCCUGCUCCGGCCGUCCAGUGAUCGUCACCAUCACCGACUCCUGCCCCGGCGGUGCCUGCCUCGCCGAGUCGACGCACUUCGACAUGAGCGGCACGGCCUUCGGCGCCAUGGCCAACCACGGCAUGGCCGACCGCCUCCGCUCCGCCGGAAUCCUCAAGAUACAAUACAAAAGGGUGCCUUGCAAGUACAGCGGCAUGGCCAUCACCUUCAAGGUGGACGCGGGCUCCAACCCCUACUACCUCGCCGUGCUCAUCAUGUACGUGAGCGGCGAGGGUGACAUCUCCAAGGUGGACAUCAUGCAGGCCGGCUGCAACUCGUGGACGCCGAUGCAGCAGUCGUGGGGCGCCGUCUGGCGCGUCAACUCAAACAACGGCCAGCCGCUGCGCGCGCCCUUCUCCGUCCGCAUCACCUCGGGCUCCGGCAAGGUGCUCGUCGCCAGGAACGCCAUCCCCGCCAGGUGGGGCGCCGGGGCGACCUACAGGUCCACGGUGAACUACGGCUACUGAGGCGGUGUGACCGGCCGGGUAGGAGUGUUCCAAGUUUAGUGCCCCCAUUUGCGAUGUCUUGCCUAGUCAGUCGUGGAAUGAGUUUAGUAUGUGCGUCCGGGAAACGCGAGAGGCCGCGUUAGAAGAGGAGGUUUGGUAUGUGUACGUGUUCUUCCCUCCACGGCCCAGUUGUUGGACCUGUGUGUUUCCCUAGUGAUGUUCCGGUGUCUCCAGUGCAGGAACUGCAGAACUGGAGUUGCAGCACUAUCAAAUGUGUGCUGAUGCACCAAAGUAUUAAGAGUUAUCUCCUAUCUUUCGUUUAGAACAAAGAUAUGGCAAUACAGAGUGUUAAGUGCUUGUGCUAUGAAAGUGGCGCAGUUUUAUGCAUCA